AUGCCACUACUGCUGUUCAAACCACUCAUUGAGAACCUACGAGCGUGGGAGGCAAUUCGGCCAUCAGAUGGGCUAGGAUCAAAUACAGGCUUCUCUAUAGGCGCCGGCUCUUCGACAGGCGCAGUUCCUCCGCCGCAUGCAGGUUCCUCGACCGGCGCAGGUACCUCACGUUCUCACCCACCAAGUGAAGGGUUCCCACCAAGACAACCAGAAGCGAGACAACCCGGUAAUGCGAGAGGCAUGGCAACAGGGUCGGAUGUUGCACCGAGUUCUAUGCCACAAACGAGACCUCCUGCACCAAGAGGACGUGCAGGGCUAGAGUUCUGCACAUCUUCAGGAAUGAAGAUUUGGUUCGUGACAGCGUGCCUACUUAUUGCAAAGAAUACACAACACCACAAAGCAACGUUGAAAAACUUCGUAGAGACCCUCGCCACCCUCGCCACGAAGUACAAUAAAAGGCUACCCCCUCCGCGUGCUGAUAUGAACCCUAAUUUACUUGCAGACGUGGAUGCGGAUGCAGAACGCAGACCUUCACAAUGGUGCCUGGUUCAAGUACUAGACGAUGAGACUUCUAAUCGAUUAAAUAGCGCCAAUCUCACACCUGAAGAGUCACCAUGUAAAUCACUUACUUUGAACCACGUAGAAGGACCACUGCAACAGCACAAACUGAUCUCCCCUGUGUUCAAUGUGUUUCCUGGUUCACCGUGGCGGCAGAGUGAGAACGAGUUUUGGAGAUAUCUUUCGAAUCAUUGCCAUAUUGAGGGAGAGGUAUACCAUGGUACUCAUGUUCAUGUCUUCAGGACGCCUAACAUCAAUGCGAAAGAGGGUCAGCGCCUGGCCUUUGCAAUCCUCCAAUCUGAAACAGCAAUUGAGGCUUUGGUGCCAGACCGUGCGGGCCAUCCAGAUGCUAGGAGUAAUUGGCUACAUAGCGAGUUCCUUGCACGGCAAGCAAGAUCUCGACGCGACGUCAUAAGUUUUGUAGAGCACCAAUAUUGGCGAUGUGGUCUGCCUACAACUAUGCAGUGUCACGAUAGCUGUGACCAGAAUUUUUGUUGGAACUUUCGAAGCUAG